AAAAUUAUAUCUCGGGUUUUAAAAACGCGUCAAUAAAAAAAAUUAAUUGAAUUUCUGGUGAAAAAGUGAAAAUCAACCUUUAAAUUUAUAAAGGGUUCGCUGGACAUUCCUCACUGAUCGAAGAUGAGCUACCCUAAUAGGACAAUGUCUCACAAUCAGUACAAUCAGAACGAGAUGCAAAUGCCUUCGGUGAAGGAAGCUACGCUAAUGUGGCAACAAAACUCGUAUUUGGUCGAUUCGGGAAUUCAUUCGGGCGCCGUUACGCAAGUUCCCUCGUUGACGGGCAAGGAAGAAGAUGAAAUGGACGAAGAUCCAUUGAUGUUCGAUUUGGAUCAGGGAUUCAAUCAGAACUUUACGCAAGAUCAGGUUGACGAUAUGAACCAACAAUUGAGUCAAACACGUUCGCAGCGCGUUCGUGCCGCAAUGUUUCCCGAAACUUUGGAAGAAGGCAUUGAAAUCCCAUCGACGCAAUUCGAUCCGCAACAACCAACAGCUGUUCAACGUUUAGCUGAGCCAUCGCAAAUGUUGAAACAUGCUGUUGUCAAUUUGAUUAAUUAUCAAGAUGAUGCGGAUUUGGCAACGCGUGCAAUUCCCGAGUUGAUAAAACUCUUGAACGACGAAGAUCAAGUUGUUGUAUCGCAAGCUGCUAUGAUGGUACAUCAACUUUCGAAGAAGGAAGCAUCUCGUCAUGCGAUUAUGAACAGUCCUCAGAUGGUUGCUGCUUUGGUUCGUGCUCUUUCGACAAGUAACGAUUUGGAGACAACCAAAGGCGCUGUUGGAACGUUGCACAAUUUAUCGCAUCAUCGUCAAGGUUUAUUGGCAAUCUUCAAAAGCGGCGGAAUUCCAGCUUUGGUAAAGUUGUUAUCGUCUCCCGUCGAAAGUGUUUUAUUCUAUGCCAUCACAACGUUGCAUAAUCUCUUAUUGCAUCAAGAUGGUUCGAAAAUGGCAGUUCGUCUUGCGGGCGGUUUACAAAAGAUGGUAGCUCUUUUGCAACGAAACAACGUCAAAUUCUUGGCAAUUGUCACAGAUUGCUUGCAAAUCCUUGCUUAUGGCAAUCAAGAGAGCAAAUUGAUCAUUCUUGCAUCGACAGGUCCCAUUGAGCUUGUUCGCAUUAUGCGUUCUUACGAUUACGAAAAACUUUUGUGGACAACUUCGCGUGUUCUCAAAGUUUUGUCUGUUUGUUCGAGUAACAAACCUGCCAUCGUUGAAGCUGGAGGCAUGCAAGCUCUUGCCAUGCACUUGGGAAAUCCAAGCCAACGUUUGGUUCAAAACUGCUUAUGGACUUUGCGUAAUUUGUCGGAUGCCGCAACGAAAGUUGAUGGCUUGGAAGGACUUUUGCAAGGUCUCGUUCAAGUUUUGGCAAGUACAGAUGCUAAUGUUGUCACAUGCGCCGCCGGUAUUUUGAGCAAUUUGACAUGUAACAAUCAACGUAACAAAGUAACGGUUUGUCAAGUUGGCGGAGUAGAAGCUUUGGUUCGAACAAUUGUCAAUGCCGGAGAUCGUGAAGAAAUUACUGAACCAGCUGUUUGUGCAUUGCGUCAUUUGACGUCGCGUCAUUUGGAGUCGGAAAAUGCGCAAAAUUUGGUACGCGGUAAUUAUGGAUUGCCCGUUAUUGUCAAACUUUUGCAAUCGCCAUCACGUUGGCCAUUGAUUAAAGCUGUUAUCGGAUUGAUUCGUAAUUUGGCGUUGUGCCCUUCGAAUACGGCUCCGUUGCGAGAACAUGGCGCAAUUCAUCAUUUGGUGCGUUUGUUGAUUCGUGCAUUCCAAGAAACACAAAGGCAACGUUCUUCUGUUGCUACAAGCGGAUCUCAACCUCCGGGUGCAUAUGCUGAUGGCGUUCGCAUGGAAGAAAUUGUCGAAGGAACAGUUGGAGCAUUGCAUAUUCUCUCGAAGGACGAGUACAAUCGUCAAUUGAUCCGUCAACAAAACGUAAUUCCCAUCUUUGUACAACUUUUGUUCUACAAUGAUAUUGAAAACAUUCAGCGCGUCGCUGCUGGAGUUUUGUGCGAACUCGCCGUUGACAAAGAAGUUGCCGAAUUAAUCGAGCAAGAAGGUGCCACAGCUCCCUUGACGGAGCUUUUGAAUUCGGCGAACGAAGGCGUCGCCACAUAUGCAGCAGCUGUACUUUUCAAGAUGAGCGAAGAUAAGUCGAAUGACUACAAGAAACGUUUCUCAAAUGAGUUGACAACGUUGCCCGUAUUCCGCGACGAUAAUAUGUGGAAUAAUGCGGAUUUGGGCAUGGGACCCGAUUUGCAGGACAUUUUGGCACCCGAUCAAGCAUACGAGGGUCUUUAUGGACAAGGCCCUCCAAGUGUUCAUAGUUCACACGGGGGUCGUGCUUUCCAACAAGGGUACGAUACAUUACCAAUAGACUCCAUGCAAGGUUUGGAGAUCGGCGGCGAAACGGGCCAAAUGCAAAAUCCAACAUCUCCCAUGGAUUUCGGCGAAAUGGAUGCCAGCGAACUCACGUUCGAUCAUUUGGAUGCCUUGCCCUCGCCCCCGCAAGAUAACAAUCAAGUAGCUGCAUGGUAUGACACUGAUUUGUAAAACGAAGAUGCAAUAUUUGACACACGUGAGAGAGAAUCAAAAGCCAUUCACUGCUAUCAUUCAACACUUUAUCUUUUUUGAUUGUAUCAGUAAUUUUAGUGAUAUUUUUUAAGAUAUAUUUUUAAGUUUUAUAUCGAAAUUUUAAAUUCAAUCACGUUUCUUCCUACCUACAUUAUAUAAAAAUUUUUAUAUAUUUUUUUUUUCGAUUAUUUUUUACCAUUUUGACAUUUUUAUUAUUAUUUGUUCACAAAAUAUACACAAAAUUACAAAAAAUGUUAGUUGUUUAAGAUCGCACGUAAAAAAAAUGUGCAACUAGAAUUAAGGAUGACUUCAAGAAACCCCUUUGAGAACAACAAAUGAAUUACUUGAAAAAUCAAAAAAAAAAAUGCAUUUCUUGCAAGAUUAUUUUGCAAAAAAAAAGAAUAAUCUGCAAGAGACACGAACAGGCUAUUGAAUGGCCUGAAACAACUUUUCGAAUUUUUAUUAAAAAAAUAGAAAUAAAUUGAAUAUCGAGCUUAUAUAUCUUAAGUCAUCCACUUGAAUGUUUGUUCCCAACCAAGUUUUUUUUUCUCUUUUUUAAAAUAAAAUAUAAAAAAAAUAUUAUAUAAUAAAAUUAAUCGUAAAAUAAUAAUUAUAUACAAAUAAACAAAUAAAUUAAUCGAUAAAAUAAUAAAAAAAAAAGUAGUAGCGUUUUAGUGAAAAUGAUGCUCUGAUGAGAUUUGCAAUUAAUUAAUUAUCAAACGUAGAUACUUAAGAUUUACCUACUUUUUGUGUUUCGAUUGAUUUUAAACAUUUUACUAAAAGUAUAAUCUGUGAAAGAGUCGAAUUUUAUGCAUUUUUUACAUUUAAUGACAAAUUUCUAUACACACGUUAAGCAGUAUUUCUCCUUUUUUUGAACAAUUUCAAACAAAAAAUUUAAAGAAUUAAAAAAUAAAU